ACCUCAACUUUGAAGCAAAGAAUUGGUGGCUUGUAAUCAUUUCAUUGUUGUACUUCUACACAACUUAUCUGAAUGGCUGUGUCUACUGUUUUUACUUUAAGAGUUCAGAUUCUGUGCUUAGUUCUUUGUUCGGUCAGCUUGUUUUCCUCUGCCUUUACUCCUCAGGAUUACUCGGAUGCUCUCGCAAAAUCAAUCCUCUUCUUUGAGGGCCAGCGAUCGGGCAAAUUGCCACCUAAUCAGCGCCUCAAAUGGAGAGGCGAUUCAGGCUUGUCCGAUGGCUCCUCGUACCAUGUGGACCUAGUAGGAGGAUACUAUGAUGCUGGAGACAAUGUUAAGUUUGGCCUGCCGAUGGCAUUCACAACAUCAUUGCUGGCAUGGAGUGUGAUUGAAUUUGGAAGUUCAAUGCACAACCAGAUUGAAAAUGCAAGAGCAGCGAUUCGUUGGAGUGCGGAUUAUCUACUUAAAGCAGCAACUGCCACUCCUGGAACCCUAUAUGUUCAAGUUGGGGAUCCGAACAUGGACCACAAGUGCUGGGAGAGGCCUGAAGACAUGGACACACCGCGAAGUGUAUACAAAGUCUCGGCUCAAAACCCAGGAUCAGAUGUAGCAGCAGAGACAGCUGCUGCUUUGGCUGCAGCUUCUAUUGUGUUCAAAGACUCUGACCCUUCCUAUUCGGCCAAAUUGCUCCAAACGGCGAAGGAAGUAUUUGAGUUAGCAGACAAACACAGAGGUUCCUAUAGUGACUCUUUGCAUUCAGUGGUCUGUCCAUUUUAUUGCUCUUACUCAGGAUACCAGGAUGAGCUCCUAUGGGGUGCAUCAUGGAUCUAUAGAGCUUCUCAAGACCGCUCGUACUUGGCUUACAUCCAGUCCAAUGGCCAAGUAUUGGGUGCAGAAGAUGACGACUACUCUUUUAGUUGGGAUGACAAGAGAGCUGGGACAAAAAUCCUUCUUUCCAAGAGCUUCUUAGAGAAAACCACAGAAGAAUUUCAGACAUAUAAAGCACACUCAGACAACUACAUAUGUUCUCUAGUUCCAGGAACAUCAGGUUUUCAGGCCCAAUAUACGCCCGGAGGGCUUUUUUACAAAGCAAGUGAGAGCAAUCUGCAGUAUGUCACCACCACAUCUUUCCUCCUGUUAACAUAUGCCAAGUACCUGAAUUCAAAUGGAGGAGUUGCCACAUGCGGGUCUUCUACGGUAACAUCAGAGAAGCUAAUUGAACUGGCAAGGAAGCAGGUGGAUUACAUUUUGGGAGAUAAUCCUGCAAAGAUGUCUUACAUGGUGGGAUUUGGUACUAAGUACCCACAACAUGUUCAUCACAGAGGCUCCUCUCUACCAUCUAUCCAUUCAAAUCCUAAUAAGAUAAACUGCAAUAAUGGGUUUCAAUACCUCUACUCUGCAUCACCCAAUCCGAACAUCCUCACCGGAGCCAUAGUCGGUGGUCCUGAUAACAGAGAUAGCUUUGCAGAUGAUCGUAAUAACUACCAGCAAUCCGAGCCUGCAACAUAUAUAAAUGCAGCAUUUGUGGGUGCUCUUGCUUUCUUCUCUACCUAAACAAUCAUAAAAUUAUCGUAUCUCCUCCAUUUAGUUUUCCUUGUGGUUUAGUUUCUGUCAAAUGUAGUGAAAUAGAUUAAAAUGGUGGUUCGUCUACAAAUGUAUGUUGGAGCAAAAAUUGGAAUGGCUAAUGAGGAGUUCUUAAGUAAUGCUUGUGGUCUUGCUUUAGUAUAA